AAAAAAACUAACUAUUCAAUAUGCAUCAAACCAUGUGAGAAAAGCAAAAAAUAAAUAAACAAAGAAAGCAGUCACGUAGAAAUAACAAAGAGUCAUUUUCCGUUUCAUUUCAUUUUCGUGCGAUGCGUGUGAGCAACUCAGUGAUAAAUACUAAAUAGUUCUUUCUUUCUUUCUUCUCUUCUCUUCUUCAGAAUACAACACAACAAAACAGUUCUCAAUUUUCCAAUGUGAAGAAAAAAAGAGCAAUCAAAAUGGCCGUUAUGAGUGCUUUCAGGACUCUAUCUUCCAAAUCGAGGUCACUCACGACGGCACUCGUUAAAUCAUGCCGGUCGGCGUCGUACUCCUCCGCGGCGGUGGUGGCUGAUGACAGUUUUGAGAGCGGCACGUAUUUGAAAGAUUAUGCUGAUUAUAGAAGAUCUCUGUACGGUCAGAUUACGCAUAAAGCUCUUCUCGUUGAUGCCGUUGGUACUCUUGUUCUUCCUUCUCAACCUAUGGCUCAGAUAUAUAGAAAAAUUGGGGAGAAAUAUGGUGUGGAGUAUUCAGAGGAAGAAAUUUUGCAUAGAUACAGAAGAGCUUAUAGUCAACCUUGGGGUAAAUCUCGUCUCAGAUAUGUUAAAGAUGGUAGACCGUUCUGGCAAUACAUUGUUAGUAAUUCUACCGGCUGUGAUGAUUCUCAAUACUUUGAAGAACUUUAUAACUACUAUGUCACAGACAAGGCAUGGCACCUAUGUGAUCCUAAUGCAGGAGAAGUGUUCAAAGCUCUUAGAAAAUCAGGUGUAAAAUUGGCUGUUGUGUCAAAUUUUGACACCCGGUUAAGACCUCUUCUGCGGGCAUUAAACUGUGAUGAUUGGUUUGAUGCUGUAGCAGUAUCAGCUGAGGUUGCAGCCGAGAAACCAAAUCCAACUAUAUUUCUCAAAGCGUGUGAACUAUUGGACGUAAAACCGGAGGAUGCUGUUCAUGUCGGGGAUGACCGCCGCAAUGAUGUAUGGGGUGCUAGAGAUGCAGGCUGUGAUGCUUGGCUUUGGGGAAGUGAUGUUCACUCUUUUAAAGAGGUAGCACAGAGGAUCGGGGUCCAGGUCUGAAAAAGUAUGUUCUAUGCAAUAAGUUGAAGAAUGUUAUGUAUAUAAAUAGGAUUAUGUUAGUAGUCUUUUUAGGCUUUAGUUACAAGGAUGGACUGAAAGAAAUGUGAGACUGUAACUUAUGAAACAGAAAUGAAACAGAAAUGAAGGUGUAGCUAGGAGCUUUUAUCUUUCCAUUCA